AUGUGGGUCCUCAAAGCAGCAAUCGUCUCCGGGCUUCUUCUGCCUCCAACACUGGCUAAUCGCCUAUAUCUUCCUCCGGUCUAUCACAAUGGCAGUGUCGAGGUUGAGAACUUUUCUGUUCCCGGCAACCUUGACGGAUUUAAGAUGAAAACGCCGGCGAACACAACUUCCUUUGAUUUUUGGUACUUUGAUGCCUUUUCUAGGAAUACCAGCGCGGCCAUCAACAUCGUCUUCUUCAACACGGGUGACUUUGCUGCGAACCCGCACCCCUUGACUGUCCAAAUCUCCGGAACCUUCGACAACGGUACCCAAUUCUCCGGAGAGGCCCUGGCGUCUGAAGGUGCUUUUAUCACCAAUGACGAGAGCGGAAUUACUGGAAACUGGCUCGGCUCGGGCGCCAGCUUCUACGGUACCAACCUCGAGAAGCCCAACGUCGAGUACGUGGUUAAACUCAACUCACCUAGCAUCGGCGUGAGGGGAACGUUUAAGCUGAAAUCCCGCGCACCACCCCACUAUCCCUGCAACCCCAAUGUCGAUGGUCUAAACACCCUCCUUUUGCCACAUCUCCAUUGGUCAAAUGCUGUUCCCGAUGCCCAGGCUAAUAUCGAUCUCACCAUCAAUGGUACCGAAUUCAAAGUGACUGACGGUGUUGGGUACCACGACAAGAACUGGGGUGACGCGUCUGUCAUCACCAGUCCCAAAUACUGGGACUGGGGACACGCAAGCCUAGGCCCCUACUCGCUGGUCUGGUACGACCUCUUGGACUACAAUAAUACCGAGCAUGUCUACGCCUAUAUCUCCAAGAAUGGCAACCUCAUGCACAAUAAUUGUGCCGAAAAGGCUGUUGAAGUGCGCCAGUGGGGUGCGAAUGCCACAUACCCGCCCACUAGUGGUAUUGCCACCAAUGAGGGUUUGACUGCUCGGUUUGACCUAGGUGGUGGUCAGGCUUUUGUCGCGAACCUGACCAAGGAGGUAAUAAUUCACGAUCAGAUUGUUUAUGCUAGGGCGUUGGGCUCUGUCACUGGUGGGAUUGAGGGACAGGAGCAAUAUCAGGGUCGUGGGGCCUACGAAGAGUAUGUGUAUGGGUUGUUGUACGGCAAAUCUUGA